GUCCAGCUGGGGAAGUUUGGCUGUCUCCAGCUUGCAGGGUUUCCUUCCUGCCUGAACCGAAGCUGAGCCUCGCAAGUUCUUGCUGCUUGGCUGGUUCUCCUGGGAGGGGAGGCCCGACUUCUCACACGGAGGAGCCAGCGCCAUUCAUCAGACAAGCAUCUCUCCUCUCUAGCACUCCACUAUUUCCUGCAUCGGGCUCACUGGGCACCGCCACCAUGAGCGAGGCAUUUGACUGUGCAAAAUGCAAGGAGUCCUUGUACGGCCGCAAGUACAUCCAGACAGACAGCGGCCCCUACUGCGUUCCCUGCUACGACAACACCUUCGCCAACACCUGUGCCGAGUGCCAGCAGCUCAUCGGGCAUGAUUCAAGGGAACUGUUCUACGAGGACCGCCACUUCCACGAGGGCUGCUUCCGCUGCUGCCGCUGCCAGCGCUCCCUAGCAGAUGAGCCCUUCACCUGUCAGGACAGUGAGCUUCUGUGCAAUGAGUGCUACUGCACGGCCUUCUCGUCCCAGUGUUCUGCCUGUGGGGAGACUGUCAUGCCUGGGUCCCGGAAGCUGGAGUAUGGAGGCCAGACGUGGCAUGAACACUGCUUUCUAUGCAGUGGCUGUGAGCAGCCGCUGGGCUCCCGCUCCUUCGUGCCCGACAAGGGUGCCCACUACUGCGUGCCUUGCUAUGAGAACAAAUUUGCUCCUCGGUGCGCCCGCUGCAGCAAGACGCUGACCCAGGGUGGAGUGACAUAUCGUGAUCAGCCCUGGCAUCGAGAGUGCCUGGUCUGCACUGGGUGCCAGACGCCCCUUGCGGGGCAGCAGUUCACUUCUCGGGAUGAUGAUCCCUACUGUGUGGCCUGCUUUGGAGAACUCUUUGCACCCAAGUGCAGCAGUUGCAAGCGCCCCAUCACAGGUGGGAGCAGCGGCGAGGGCGCAGGAGGCAAGUAUGUGUCCUUCGAAGACCGACAUUGGCACCACGGCUGCUUUUCCUGUGCCCGCUGCUCCACCUCCCUGGUGGGCCAAGGCUUUGUACCAGAUGGAGACCAAGUCCUGUGUCAGGGCUGCAGCCAAGCGGGCCCCUGAGCCGAGGCUCCUGACUCUCCUCUUUCCCAAACCAAGGGUUCAAGACUAUGGCUCCUCUUCUGAACUACUUCUGGGGCCCAGCCCCUCCCUAGAAUGGGUCUCCCCCUCCCCCCCCCAACCGCUCCCCACUCAUGGGGACUUCAGGAUUCAGUCACCCAAUUGUAACACACCCCAGUGGUACUCCCUGACCCAGGCCCCGGAAUCUAAGCUGUUGUGGAACACUCAUGACUUAAGCCUUUCUUCAAGUCUGGAACAUUCCAGAAAUGUUCCCCACAUCAAGGCUCUGACACCCCCAGCCCUCCAAACCUGGACUCUGAGGCCUAGGCCUCCUUAAGUCGAGACUUCUAGGGUAGAUUUUUUUUUUUUUUUUUUAGUUUUCCUGCAGGUACCCCCGGUUUGACCUCCCCCCAUCCCACUGCUAUCUCAGAGCUGCAACAGUAUGUAUAGGAGAUUAGGGGCUCCCUGGUUAGAGGGUUGUAAGGUACAGGGUGCUGUCCAGCCUCUGAGUACCGCGUUAUUUCAGCUCCAUGUUGCCCUGCGACAGGCAGCAGGAAGGUUGCUCACCCUGUUUCCAGAGAUUGCAAUAAAGCAGUGUGUGAGGGACAGGCCCCGUGUAUUUGUCGAGAGGAUGAAGGAAGGUUCCAUGGCUGAGUCAGGCUUUUGUAAACCUCCUCCUGGGCGGGCCAUGGGGUGGGGAUUCUCUCCCCAGGAAGAGGAUCCCCUCUGGCAGCCACGCCGGUCCCUCUUGAGCUUGGCCAGCCUCCCCGCUGCUGGCGGAGGACUUUUUCCUCUGUGAGCAAAGGAGGGAUUGGGAGAGGUGCCAGACAGAGCGGAGAGGCAGUGGGUUUCUAGGUCUGGUACACAUCUUCCUCCACCCCCACCAGCCCUGCCUCAACCCGACGUACAAGCACCGAGUUCUGAUCC